UUUCACACAGAAAGAAAAAAGCCGUGAAAACUUCCGCCUUCGGUGCUGGAUUUUGGAGUUUGAGCCGGGGAUUCAUGCAGACUUUAAUCAUGAGCUCCAAAGAGGCCGUGCAGUCCGCUGCCAAAGAAUUCAUCCAGUUCGUCAACAGGGGAGUGUCGCCUUAUCAUGUUGUUGAGGAGUGUAAGCGGCGACUGUUGGCGGCUGGAUUCAUUGAGCUCAAAGAGUCAGAGCAGUGGGACAUCAGACCCUCCAGCAAAUACUUUGUGACCCGCAACUACUCCAGCCUGAUCGCGUUCGCUGUUGGAGGAAAGUUUCUGCCUGGAAAUGGAUUCUCUAUGAUCGGAGCGCACACAGACAGCCCCUGCCUCAGAGUGAAGCCUCGAUCAAAGCGCUCGAAACAGGGCUGUGUGCAGGUCGGGGUGGAGUGUUAUGGAGGAGGCAUCUGGAAUACAUGGUUCGACCGAGACCUUACUGUGGCCGGGCGUGUCAUAGUCAAGAGCGGGAGCCAGCUGGUCCAACGUCUCGUCCAUGUGCCGCGUCCGGUCCUCAGAAUCCCACAUCUGGCCAUCCAUCUGCAGAGGGACAUCAACGACUCCUUUGGGCCCAACAAGGAGAACCACCUAGUCCCGAUCCUUGCCACAGCCGUUCAGGAGGAGCUGGAGACCGGCUCUGCUUCAUCUGGAGACGCUAGUGCUGCCAACAACACGGCAGAGAAGCACCCUCCUGCUCUCCUGAAGCUCCUCUGCUCCGAGCUGUCUAUGGAACCAAACCAUCUAGUGGACUUUGAGUUGUGCCUCGCAGACACUCAACCUGCAGCUCUGGGUGGAGUUUAUGAGGAGUUCAUUUACUCUCCUCGUCUGGACAACCUGCACAGCUGCUACUGCGCUCUACAGGGUUUGUUGGAGUCAUGCUCUGGAGAGUCUCUGUCCAAAGACCCAAAUGUGAGAAUGAUCACUCUUUACGACAAUGAAGAGGUUGGCUCUGAGAGUGCACAAGGCGCUCAGUCCAACCUGACGGAGCUGAUCCUGUCCCGAGUGUCUUCAUGUCCCUCAAAUCUCACAGCGUUUCAGCAGGCUGCUCCGCUGUCCUUCAUGAUCUCUGCGGACAUGGCCCAUGCCUGCCACCCCAACUACACAGAGAAGCAUGAAGAAAACCAUAGACCUGCUUUCCACAAGGGCCCUGUGAUAAAGUUUAACAGUAACCAGCGCUAUGCCACCACAGCCGUGACUGCCGCCAUCGUGAGAGAGGUGGCCAGUCGAGCCCAAGUCCCUCUGCAGGAUGUGAUGGUGCGUAAUGACAGCCCAUGUGGUACCACCAUCGGUCCGAUCCUGGCUGCUCGUCUGGGAGUUCCUGUGGUGGAUAUUGGGGCUCCUCAGCUCUCCAUGCACUCCAUCAGAGAAAUGUGCUGCACCUCCAGUGUCCUGCAGAGCACCACCCUGUUCAAGGGCUUUUUUGAGCAUUUCCCGUCAGUCCGAAGUUCUCUGGUCGUGGAUUAAACCUGAGAUAAACCAAGAAAAUAUGAAGCAAGUUGUAUUUGUCAAAGCUCUCCUGUGUGUCCUCUGAAAGGCACCGUCACACUAAAGAACAGUGAACUUUUAAAGGCACUUAAGGCGAUCGAGUUGGUGACAAUAAACUGUGAGAGUUUUGUGCCUGUCUGGUUUUUACUGGGAUAUAAAGCUUUUUUAGAACCUAUGGGCUCAUUUACGUUUAUGGGGAUAAAAGGUUUGAAAUGGGUUUAAAGAUGCAAAUGUUAUGUGUACAUUUUUCUCAAACUGCAGUGUGCAAAACAGUAUUAUGUAUAUGUAUGUAUAUUAUAUUUUUGCUUAAUUAGGGGUCAGAUGUAGAAUAGUCCUUUUAUAGACCUGAUUGUAGGUGACGAUGUACCAGGUACACCAUACUUGGUGUAAAGGCAAGCCUCGGGGAAAAAAAGAAUUUCAAACUAUCAAACAAUACUUAUCUGUGAAGUAAAUCAAGAUUUCAUAAAGUGGAAUUAUGUGGAGGCAGC